AUGUCGCCGCUCAACUGGUUCCAUAGUUCCGAAGGCGCGCCAGCCAUUACGCAUCCGAUCGCACCCGCAAAGCCAAUAUCGUUGCCGCCGUCUUCGGAGCUCAUUCGUGAUGCUCAGCCCUCAGAUACCCCGUGGCCGCACGUCUAUCGCCCAAGCGAGACCGACAGUCAGCUCAGCCUGUCGCCCAUUGUGCAGUCCAUGCCGUCCAUAUUUCGAGACCCAAAUCUGGACUUCAUCAAAGAGGCUAUUCGCGAGUCGAUGAUGACACUGGUAAGCUCCACAAACCAACCAAACUGGCCCGCCGUCGACGUCGCCCUCUUCCCAUCGACGCAGACGCUAUCUGUCUGCAUCAAUCUUUACUUUCGCCACUUCCACGAUACCCUUCCCAUAAUUCGACGGUCCAAGACGCGCGCGACAGAUGCGCCACCAAUUCUUCUUCUCGCCAUGGCAUCAAUCGGCGCCAUGUACUCGCGUGACAAGCUGAGCGGCUUGGCUAUCGCCCUGAACGAGCUAACACGAAGGGCAAUACAUUACAUGAGAGAAAGCGAUCAACGCGCCAUGUUUGACACGACAUUUGUGCAGGCGUCCCUUCUGCAGUCCAUCUUUGGACUCUUUUGCGGAUCCCGGAUGCUGUACCAGCAUGCAGAGAUAAGUCGAGGCAGCUUGGUGACGGCAGCGAGACGAAUGCAUCUUCUCCGGCCAAGCCUUUCGUUUGUGAAAGAGUUGCAAAAACGGCACAAGAAUCCUUCGGAAGAGGAGCUUCGCAGAGCGCAAGCCGACGAUGAUGAGCGAAGAAACUUGGGAUGGGGGAUCUACCUUUACGAUAUGCAGAUUUCUGCUUUGCUUAAUAUUGCGCCGCUCCUAUCUGUUGGCGAAAUCAACGUUCCACUGCCCGGUGACAAUGAAGCCUAUACCACGACAUCACCAAGCACGAGUCCCCCGGCGGAUCAAGAUACGGUCAACUUCAGGGCCGUGUUGGACUCUUUGCUCUCACACGGGACUAUACCAGUACCUUUGAGCUCCUUUGGGCUAUCUGUCGUAGCCCACACUCUGUACAGGCUCUGCACUGACGCAGCCACGUUUGAUCCGAUUUUCUCACAACCUAGUGUUUGUCGCGAUAGUCUCUAUCGUCUUCCCUUUCCGCCAACGUUCCAUUACAAUCCGCAAGAGCUGCUUGAUCAAUUGUCCGCUUCAUCUCACUCCCUACCGAACAAGCCAAACUCCCUCAUUGUCAGUGUCUCGGCCCUUUCACACCUUGGCCACAUGCAGUUCACUUGGCCAAGCUUUCUCAACAACGUAAAGAUUGCAGCUGGCAAGUCUGGGACCGAGGAGAGCAAGGCAGACGCGCGCAGCUGGGUGCGAGCUCGUAUCGAGGAGGAUCCAAUUGGUACGAGGUCGAUUCUUGCCCAGGCAGGUCAACUGAGCGCUCUGCUAUCGAGGUUUACCUUUGACUCACCGGCCGAGACUGUAUUGACUCUUGACCUGGGUCUCACGUUUUGGGCGAUUCUGAAGUUCUCUACAUCCAUUGGGGAGCCGCUGCCGAACCAGAGACGGAUCAUCAUUACAUGGUCCGAUCACGCCGCAGCCAGCGAAUGGAUUAGGAUUGGCGGUCCGGUAUCGUUCCAGGGACUGGGAGACCUGAGCGAUCUCAGCAGUACAAAGGUGCUGUCGAUAUUUAGCGAGAGACUUGAGAGCAUGCCAUGGGGCCUCGCGCAACGCUUCAAACACGUGCUUAUGAGUUUGGAGAAGGAGUAG